CCGAUUCAAGAGUGGCUAAGCGAGUCAUGCCGUCCAGAAAUUCAAACUCGUCCGUCUUCACCACCUCAACUUCCGGGCUCGACCCAUGCUCCGCUUCAUCUGUCUUGCUCUUUUUAGGGGGAGACCUCACGUCUUGGUCUUCGCUCUUGUGAGCGUUGCAACCGUCGGAGGCGCUCGGGAGUAGCGGCAAAGACAGUGGAUUUUCGCUCUCUGCCAUUUUUCAGAUCGCGGAAAGUGGGCGUGGUCAUCUGUGCAGCGAGCAGCAGCAGCGCAUUAUUGUGGUGUGUGGUGGUGCGAUGGAGAAGAGGCGUUGCAGCUCACAAAAGCUAAAGCAGAGCGGGUCCUGCGCCGUGCACAAAGGACCGGACGGACGCGGGGUGGUGUCGGAGUCGUCCGACUCUGCAGCUGGCAAGAAACGAAAGAAGAAAAAUAAAGCACCGGAAAAAGAAACUGCCGGCGAAGCCCCGCCGCUGUCUUUCAUUUGUCGUCAAGAAAGUGCAUCACGUCAAACAAAGAAGCAUUAUCCUGGCGGCUCUCACUGUAGUUCAGAGCUGAGCAGCAACAGUGGCUGUAGUGGGAAGUUGGUAGCGACAGGAGCCACUGCAACUAGCAGCUCCAGUAGUCUUGAGACCAGCAAACCUCCCAGCAAGACCACCAGAGUUUCGGAACAACUCCCAUGCAGCAGCAGCCAAUCAGGCAGCAAAUCAACUUCUGGAGAGCUAAAGGAUGUGACUGAAGAUGGACUGCGUUCAAGAGAUAGUCUACGCUGGGAAGAUCAGUUCUCGGACGAGGAGAGGGAGAGGGAGAGGAUCGAAGAGUACAAGAAAAACCGUCAAAAGAGAUACACAAAACACUUCAGAGUCUUGCAACAGACGUCGCAUCCAAGUCAAUUCUAUACUCCAUCAGAGUAGCAUCAAAAUCACUUGUGUAACAAUGUCCAAAUUCUGGUCUAUUUAUAAGUAAAUACACUGUGGUCAAUUCAAUCUAUAUAGGCUGAGGAUAGCAUGAACCUCCGAAUGGACCUACCAUAAUUAUAAAGGACACUGGUAUUCUGCCCCAUACUGAACAGUGUGUUCAUUAAUGAUAAUAUUAUCGUAGCUAAUACACUCCAAAUUCUAAAGAUUGUCGACUUGGAUCUGGGCGGCAGUUAGCUGGUCAAGGAUUGGAUAAACCCGCUCCUGAGCAACAAGUAACUUGUCUAUCUGGUUCCUCUUGACCAAGUCAUUCUGCUCACGAACAAACUGAGUUACAUCCUUUAUCUCAACAAUCCACUCUUCACUGUACCGCUUCAGC